UGAUUUGCCAUCUCUCUUUCUUUCUCUUUCGUGCUUGAAAGAUUCUGUGUCAUUCCAGCCCAGUCUUGUGCGCAAGGUAGACCCUUUGGGUAAAUUUGUCAUUUGUAAAAGGUUCUACACAAACUGGGUUUUUAAAAGUCAUUUUGGGCGUGAAAAAGAGGAAGUGUUACGGUCACGAUGAAGGAUUGCAAACUGGGUCAGGUGAUCACCACAUCUGGCAAAAUUCGAAAAAGGCCCUUUAAGAGACCUCAUCUAAAUGCAGGAGGGUUUAAGGUGGCACAGCAGUAACUUAAUCCUUCGCUGCUGUUCCAUGUGACUUGCGUGAUACCGAAGAUCAGAUUUUUUUUUCAGCCAGCAUGGGGCUUACAUUCCUGCUAGCAUCCUCCAAUGCCACCGCUUUACAUCUUGCUAACAAGGGCAACAAAAAACGACUUGGACAAGUUUUGUGCAAGUGGGCUUCAGAGGUGCAUUCGAUCAUUUGCAAAUAGGAGUUUAAAACCCUCUCCCGUUGAAGAAUGCAAGAAUGGAAAUUCCAGCUUUUGGUGCUUGGACUGGGACCUGAUGCAAGAGUAGAGGGCUGACUUUAUCAACUCUUGCCUGAUGUAGUCAGCUGUUCCAAAAGAAUCCUUGAGAAUCCUUGAGAAUCCUGGUUGUCCUGCAAAGCAAUUGCAAGUUUUGUCUGUAUGUUUGUGAUACCAAUUUGGGGGAUUUGUCUUGUGCUUCACUAAGGUUUGUGCUCCCUGUUUAUGUGAUGGUGCAUUUACAAAGCAUUGUUUAGGCGAUGACCCCAUGGGCUCAAAAUGGCUCACUGAAGGUGAAUGCGAGUGGCUUGUCUCAUUUCUGGAGGGAACUAGUGAUGGAUCAGUGGAUGCAUCUUGAACAAACUUAGUGCGAAACUUUGAUGUACUGGAUUCACAACAGCUUCUGUUCGGGCUACCAUGAAUUCUAUUAUCUCCAGGUCAAUAUUUCUGAGCAAAUCUUUCCUAAUGAGCUUGUUAAUGCCAGUAAAUAUGUGAUUGCCCCUGGACUAUGACCACAGGAUAUAUGCAUGGAAAUACAGGGAGCCAAAAAUAUGUUAAGUGGCACCGGGAAGACAGUGGAGAGGACUAUACAAAGACUGAGGUCUACGCCAAUGAUGACCAGGGCCAGCUGCGCCAGCUGACUCCUUUUGAGAAGCUUACUCGGGAUAUGUCCCAGCAUCAGAAGGUGGUGAAAGAAUUAACUCUAGGGAAGAGGAUUGGAUUUUACCGUGUCAGAGGAGAAAUAGGCACUGGAAAUUUCUCUCAGGUGAAACUUGGGAUCCAUUCUCUCACCAAAGAAAAAGUAGCUAUCAAGAUUUUGGACAAGACAAAAUUAGACCCGAAGACUCAACGGUUGCUGUCCCGCGAGAUUUCAAGCAUGGAGAAGCUGCAUCACCCAAACGUCAUCCGGCUUUAUGAGGUGAUGGAGACUUUCUCCAAACUACACCUGGUGAUGGAAUAUGCCAGCGGAGGAGAACUCUUUGCGAAGAUCACAACAGAGGGGAAGCUGCCGGAAUUAGAGAGCAAACUCAUCUUCUCCCAGAUCGUGUCUGCUGUUAAGCACAUGCAUGAAAGCAACAUCAUCCACCGGGACCUCAAAGCCGAAAACGUGUUUUACACCAGUAACACUUGUGUGAAAGUUGGAGAUUUUGGAUUCAGCACCAUGAGCAAAAAAGGGGAAAUGCUGAACACUUUCUGCGGCUCUCCUCCUUACGCAGCCCCCGAGCUGUUCAGGGAUGAAAGCUAUGUGGGGGUUUAUGUGGACAUCUGGGCCCUGGGCAUCCUUCUGUAUUUUAUAACGACCGGAACGAUGCCCUUCCGAGCAGACACUGUGGCCAAAUUGAAAAAGUGCAUUCUGGAGGGAACUUAUGUCUUUCCACCAUUCCUGUCGCAAUUUUGCCAGAAGCUGAUCCAGGGGGUUCUUCAGCCUGUUCCAUCAGAACGCUAUUCCAUUGAGCAUGUCAUGAACAGUGAAUGGAUGCGGGGUGUUCAGCAUCCAAAGCCCUUGGAGCCCUUUAGACUAGAUCCAAAGUACUUGUCAGAGAACGGAGGUCUCCGAGAGGAAGAAGCAGAGGUGAAAAAUAUCCUGAGCAAGCUGGGAAUCACAGAGGAACACAUUCAGAAUAACCGUGGGAGAGAAUCUCAUAGCUCAGUCACAGGGAUCUACAGGAUUAUUUUGCACAGAGUACAGAAGAAACGGGCUAUGGAGACUGUCCCUAUCAUCACUCUAGCAGAGCGCAGAGAUUCGGACUCAAGGAAAGGGCCCACGACCUGUCGGGGUCUCAGACAUUCAUCCAAAUUCUGUUCAAUUUUAUGAACUGUAGAGCCGGUUUGCCAUUCAGCACGCUUUAGGAAGUCCUUUCUUCAGCACCUCAUAGAGGUUUUGUUUUUUGUAAUUUUGAAAUGAAUUAAAAAAGAUGCCUUAUGA